AUGGAUGCAAAGCCACAGCGUUUCCGAGCUGUUGGGGAUGAGAAUGUGCCCCCUCCGUCCUUGCACAGCCAGAAUCACAAAGUCAUUCAUCAACGCAACAAGUCAAGCCCUGCUCUGAGUAUGAUGGCCCAGAACAAUGCUGGUCGGCGUGCAUUUGUCGAUGUUAGCAACACCAAGGAUGUGAACAGAGCUAGCCGUGAUGACUCCGCUGUUGGUGGAAAGCCGGCCCUUGCGGAAGUCAAGGCUCCUGGACUGUCCCAGCCAGCCCAGCGCCGCAUGACAUUGUCAGGAACCAGGGGCACUGUUGAAAGUGUUGCUACGACAAAGCCUAUGAACCCUGCAGGAAAGGCUCAAUCGAUGUACAAAUCGAAGCGAAACAACGCCGUUUUUAAAGACCAAUUACACACCGUCCCCGAAAAAACCACAUCCAAGGAAGAUUCAAAAGACACAGAAGUCAAGGCCAGCCGCAAAGGAGUGGAGACUGGACGUCAAUCAAAUAAUACUGUGGUGGAGCCUUCUCAUGGGCUGAAUGUGGAUAGUGUCAGCCUCGUUGAGUCCGAUGCUACUAUAUCCGAGACAGACGAUCCCAAAGACCAUGCACAUACCAAGGAGCCUGUAUCAACAGUAUCGGAGCCCGAGGAAUGGGAUGGAGAAGAUACUGAGUACUAUGUUGCACCAAUCUACUCCUCUCGUGCGGACAACACCGACGGAGCCACUACUGUUAUUUAUCCACGCAUGAGUAGUGUGACCACUCGUGAGAUGCUCCGGGCGAAGCAAAUUGUUGACAGUGAACAAACACCAGAAGACAUCGAAGAGGAAUUAUUAGACACAACCAUGGUUGCGGAGUAUAGCGACGAGAUCUUCCUUCAUUUGAGGAAAAAAGAAAUCGACAUGCUUCCGGUUCCAGAUUACAUGGCCCGUCAAAACGAACUCCAGUGGUCGAUGCGCUCGGUUCUGAUGGACUGGCUCGUGCAGGUUCACCAGCGCUUCAAUUUGCUCCCUGAAACUCUCUUCCUUACGGUCAACUACAUCGACCGUUUCUUGUCGUACAAGGACGUUUCCAUGGGAAAGUUACAGCUUGUUGGUGCGACCGCAAUCUUUAUCGCGGCAAAGUUCGAGGAGAUUACAGCUCCCUCUGUCCAAGAAAUUGUUUACAUGGUUGACGGUGGAUAUUCCGUUGACGAGAUCCUCAAGGCGGAACGGUUCAUGCUUACCAUUCUUCAAUUCGAACUUGGAUGGCCUGGUCCUAUGAGUUUCCUUCGCCGUAUCAGCAAGGCUGAUGAAUAUGAUCUUGAAACACGCACCGUUGCUAAGUACUUCCUUGAGCUGGCCAUUAUGGAUGAGCGCUUUGUUUGUACUCCCCCCAGCUUUAUUGCUGCUGGAGCCCAUUGCUUGUCUCGUAUGCUGCUUAACAAGGGCAACUGGACACCGGCACACGCCUUCUACAGUGGUUACCUUUAUUCCCAGCUGAUCCCUGUGCUGACCACAUUGAUGGAAUGCUGUGAAAACCCUCGGCGUCAUCAUGCAGCUAUCUUCGAGAAAUAUUCGGAUCGUCGUUUCAAGCGUGCCGCAAUGUUUGUUGAAGCUGAGCUUGCCACGGACUUCGUUUUGCCCGAGGCCUCUGAUCUCAAUGAUCCAGAUCGCUUGGAUGGCUAUGCAAACUUCUAA